UGCGCGGGAUAAAGACAGUGAAGUCAACGAGCCACAACAGUUGUCGCGGUUGAGUGUUGCAAACGAAUUGCGUGUAAACGCUGCAUUGCUGAAGUAUUGAGCCUGGUUCAUUUUGUUGCUGCCCGAAGACAGUUGUAAUUGCUCGAAAAACACAUCCGCCCGUUGUUUUAACAAAGAGGGGCAGAGUUCCGGCCAGAACCGUUGUGAGAAUGAGGCCACAUGUAGUUCUAUUCGCUUGUCUAGCCGUGCCUUGCCUAUUGCUGGCCCAGAUAGUCAGCUGUGCCCCCGUUUACGAUGGAAACAACCAGAUUCAGCCAUUUGACACGGACGACUGGACGGGGGGCGACGCCCUCGGCGACCAAGACUUUAUGAUGGAGACCGAAAAGAGAGACAGACCGAAUAGGCGCGAAGUUACAUACUGUAUGGACUGGAUCCACAACACCUGGAGACCAUGCAGGGGAAGAAAAGCUGGCUAAAUGAUUCCAUC